GUCUGGCAAGCGUGCCACGCAUCGGACUACUUUGUCUCGCGCAUCGCACCCCUUAACACGUUCAUUGUCGUUAAAUGCAUCGCAAAAAUAUUAUAUCACGCGGUACUGGUGUACCGUGCACAGUUCACAGUCGCAGCACUUGCACAGGCUUUUUUGGAAUUGAUGCAUGUGAUGCCUUCGUUCGCCUAUCUCAAUCAGGCGUAAUUGACUCUUUUCGCCCCUUCGCAACGGUCAGUGACUUGACAUAACACUCGUGGAGCCAUGGACUUUGCCGCCGCCACUCGGCAUGCAAAGGAGGGAAGUGUUGCCGGAUUCUUGCCCACCACACACAUAAUAUGCAAACAUUCUUCCCACACGUGUAGUUGCAAUGAAUGGGAGGACUUCCGAUGGGGGCACUCUCGAUCGGUCCCCUGGCCUACUCCAGUCGGGCAGCCCUCGUGGUGUGGUGAAUUCAAGGGCGUAAGUAACGUACCUAUCUAUGUACACCUUGGAUGUGGUUCCUUGGUUCUUCCCUCCUGUCUGAGUAACUAUGAGAGUGCUCUCAUGAGAUUAAAGACGUCUUCCCUCGUCUCGUCUGAUAAUCUGAUUGUGGCAGGUCUGUGCAUAGUAACAGGUGCUGGAAACCUCGUAUGCACGCAAAGCACAUCAUGGCACAAGAAACCCUGGAUACGAGCAACGGAUCGCUUGCACGUGCUCAACCCAAUCCACCCUGGGUGGGGCUUGGAACUGGGUCAGGACCUGAGGGAUCCCUUCUCGAGCAUGUCCAGUCACAACAGUGUGGCCCAUCCGCCGGAAGAGAACAAAAGGACCAAGGCCCAAUGGAUCAUAUGGUACUUGCCGCAGAAUUACGCCGCGGCACAGGGUUCUGAGACGGUGUAUAUUUGAUGCGUAAUUCCCCCCUCCAUUGCACGUUGUACAUAUGUACAACCAAUAGAACCACACCCGAUAAAUCACUCACCAAUCCUGGCAAGCCGGCCAGGCACGCUCCGAAUAGCAGGCGACUGAGACUUGCUGU